GGAGGGACAGCUUAGACAAAAGCACAGCACAGACAGAAACAAAACCCUGCUAUUGACUGUCUCAGAAACACUUGCAUGACCAUGUUAUCCCAAGCCACUUACUAUUCCAAGAGGGUGAAAAACCCUGCCUGAGUGGCCUUCACACUUGGCCUCAGUUCUGGCUUGGGAAUGGGGAAACUGGGUGGCGCUCUGUCUCAGGGCUUAGUCUCCCCAACCGAGAGAUGGGGCUGGGCCUGGAGGAGACCUUUACCCAGCCCCUCCCAGCUCCGUCACUGCACUGAACUUCACAGUCCUUCCAGGGAUGAUUUUUAAAGAGAUUUGGCACGGGACAUGCAAGUGUUUGCAAGUGUGUGCUUGCAGUGGUUGAGGAAACACCAAGACUGAUGACUGUCAAGCCUAGAUAGAUAUUUAAAAAUUGAAUGAGAUGAGAAAUAGAUUACACUUCCGUUUAGCAAAUGUUGAUUGUAGGCUCGAAUGGUCUCCUCUGGCUUUUUAAAUUUUGGCUACUUCCCAUCCUUUAGGUCUCAGCCUAAGUAUCUCCUCUUUAGAGAGUCCUCCCCUGAACAAUCCCCACCCCGCAUGUGCAUGUGAGCAUGGAUGCACGUGCACGCACACACUCACAUUUUAUCCCUUUCUAUUGCUUCUCUUUAAGAUUUGGGAGGAGUAGGACUCUCCCUACCAUGUAUGUGCAGCCUGGUCUGCCUGGCACAUAGUAGGCACUCAAUAAUGCUAACUGAAUGAAUGAAUGAGUGAAUGAAUGCAGGCCUAGGCUCUGAUUGGGGAGGCGGGCCCCCAGCAGGCACCUGUGUCUGUCAUGGAUCAGUGCAGCCCUCAACGGCUAAGCCCUUGCCAGCAGGAGUCCAGCUCGAACUCUGCAUCUCCAAGUGGCACAGGCCAGGCCCCCUGGCCCCACCUUGAUUCUUUUCAGCCACAGCUCAAACCUGAAAUAAACAUUUGGCCUCUGGUUGGGAGAAUUUCAGGUCUUGGUAAGUAGGAGGCAGAGGUUCCCAGGGUCCAGGAUUGUGAUAGGUAUUUCACAGGUGACUUGAAGGACCCAGGAUAAGAGGUCCUUUUUCAGUUACCUAUGUACCUGCUGUGAGACUUUGGGGCCAUGCCCAAGUUUCCCUGUGGUGAGGUGAUGAGAUUGCUGUAAGUGAGACUGAGCUGGAGGAGGUGAGGGAUGCUAUUGGCUGUAGUGUCAGGAUUGGGGGAGCAGAGGGACCCUCUUCCCAUACUUCCGUGGGAGGUCCCCAAGCCGGGACCAGGUAGGAAUCCCCUCUGCAUCCCCAGCAUUCCUGGCACUGAGCCACACUUGAGCUCAUGAAAAAAUGCAGCUGAUAAUGCAGGCUGGGUAGAAUGCAGCAUGUCCACGGAUGAGCAAACAGGCUUUGAGAGAGAAGUGACCUGCCUAGGGUGAUUCCAGAGGCCCUGGGUUUAAGAGGACACUGAUCCCUCUGGGAGGCAGUAACGAGGUUUGCUGUACUGGCUGGAGUCCAAAGGCUCCUGGAUCCCCAAGAUCAUCCAGAGGGCCCAGUCUGCUCUAGAGCAUGGGAGGUUCCCAGGGGAGCCAGGGUCUGGUGGGCUGCACCCCAUUCAGGCUCCGUGGCAGCGGAGGAACCAUGCUGCGGAUCCUGUUUCUGACACUCUGCGGCCUGCUGACCCGCACACGAGCUGACCCUGGGGCACUGCUGCGGUUGGGCACGGACAUCAUGAACCACGAGGUGCAGAGUGCCCUGGAUGAGAGUCAUAUCCUGGAGAAGAUGGCAGCUGAGGCGGGCAAGAAACGGCCAGGGAUGAAACCCAUCAAGGGCAUCACCAAUCUGAAGGUGAAGGACGUGCAGCUGCCUGUUAUCACAUUGAACUUCAUACCUGGGGUGGGCAUUUUCCAGUGUGUGUCCACAGGUAUGACCAUCACUGGCAAGAGCUUCAUGGGUGGGAACAUGGAAAUCAUCUUGGUCCUGAACAUCACAGCCACCAACCGGCUUCUGCAGGAUGAGGCCUCGGGCCUCCCAGUGUUCAAGAGCGAGGGCUGUGAGGUCAUCCUGGUCAGCAUGAAGACCAAACUACCGAGCAGCAUGCCACCUAAGGUUGUCAACAAGCUCCUGGACAGCACCCUACGCAAAGUUCUCCCUACCCUGUUGUGUCCAGCCAUCGAUGCAGUCCUCGUGUAUGUGAACAGGAAGUGGGCCAACCUGAGUGUCCCUACGCCCAUGGGCCAGAUGGGCUCUGUCAAAUAUGUCCUGACAUCCGUUCCGACCACCACAGCCAGUUACUUCCAAGUGGACUUCAGUCCUGUGGUGCAGCUGCAGGAGGGCACUGCCAUCCAGCUCGCUGAGGCUGGCGAGGCCCUCGAGCUCCCCGAAGGCUAUGCUGAAGGCUCCUCCCAGCUGCUGCUCUCAGCCACCCUCCUCACAGCAGAGCUUGCCCUUCUGCAGAAGUCCUUCAAUGUGAACGUCCAGGAUAAGACGAUUGGAGAGCUGCCCUCACAAACCACGGAGACACUGGCUGGCUUCAUCCCUGAAGUGGCUGAGGCGUAUCCCAAGCCAAAGCCCUUGGUGACACAGAUCAGGAUAAACAAGCCCCCCCGGGUCACCAUGAAGACAGGCAAAAGCCUGCUGCACCUCCAUGGCACCCUGGAGAUGUUUGCUGCGCGGCGGCGGCACAAGGCUCCUGUAUCCCUCUUCCGCCUAGAAACUCACUUCAACCUGAAAAUCCAAUAUUCAGUUCACGAGAACCGGCUGCAGAUGGCCACCUCUUUGGACAGAUUGCUGAGCCUGUCCCGGGUGUCCUCGUCUAUUGGUGCCUUCCAUGAGAAGGGAUUGACUGGCUUCAUCACCGAUUACCUCCAAGAAGCCUACGUUCCAGUCAUCAAUGAUUUGCUCCAAGUGGGGCUCCCACUUCCCGACCUUCUGGACAUGAAUUACAACCUGGCAGAGCUGGACAUAGUAGAGAACGCCCUGGUGCUGGACUUGAAGCUGGACUGACCAGGGCAGGACCCGCGUGCCAGCUGCCUGCACAUCACCAACCAGCUGCACCACAUAGGGGCCCCCAACUGGAUCUGGGGGGCCUUGCUCCCUGCCACUGGUGGCCACUUCCUUUGAUGAGGCAUGAGGGGGACAGGCCCUGUCUGGGGCCUUGGGAAUAAACAGGAGAA